AACUCCACCGCGACCAUUUAAGCAACACAGCAGCGGCAUCUCAGCUCUGUUCCCAGCUAGUUAGCCGCGGCGCCAUGGCUCCUCUGCUGUUCAGGGACAUGAAGGGGCUCUCGUGCUCGUCCCAGGCGUCCACGGCGACAUGCCCGAGCCUGGAGCGGCACCCGGCGCCCCGCCCACACAAGGCCAGCGCCGGCGCCAGCCCCCUGGCUCCCGUUCCUGCUGCCGAGCCCAGGACCAGGACGCACCGGCUUGACGGCAAGAAAGGACAGCAGCCGCAGCACAAGGCUGCCGUCGUCCCCGCGAACGCCGGUGGUGGCCUCGUCAGCCCCGCCGGCUCGUCCAGGUACCUGCUGCUGAGCGGCCGCUUCGCCGCCGUCGCCGAGGAGAUCCAGGAGGUGCUGGAGCCUGCCCCGGCCGUCGACGCCAUCGCCAAGCGGGAGGAAGCUAGUGACGCUGCUGAUGCCAAGACCGCGCAGGCGCAGGAGCAGGUGGUGGUUGUGCUCAAGGUAUCCCUGCACUGCAAAGCGUGCGCCGGGAAAGUGAAGAAGCACCUCUCCAAGAUGGAAGGCGUGACGUCGUUCAACAUCGAUUUCGCGGCGAAGAAGGUGACGGUGGUCGGCGACGUGACGCCGCUGGGCGUGCUCAGCAGCGUGUCCAAGGUGAAGAACGCCCAGCUCUGGGCGGCGCCACCGGCGAUAGCCGCCGCCUGAAUGAAGGGAGCCGUAUCCCGGUUGGCCGUGGGCCGUGGCUGCUGCUAGGGAUAGGGAGUCGUCGACCAGCAUGCGUCCACCGUGUCCCGGCUGGCAGCUGGCACUUGAAUGCAGCAGCUUUGGUUCUUUCCUGUGCGGUCGUCUCGUGAGUUGUUGUGGCCCUCUCUCCUCUCUUGUUUCGCUGUGGUUGGCGCCAUGCGAGGUGAAUGCGAUCUCUUGCCUGGUGCUGCUCCAGUGCUUCCAUCUGCUUCUGCUGUGGAUGGGUCACUCUGCUUUCUCCUCUGUGAUGUAAGACUGUAAUUAACAUAAGAAUGGGAUUUCAUUGCUGU